AAACCUCGGCGUUCUCUUCCCCAGUUGCUCACAAACUGAAACGAAAAUCAAAAGACAAAAGGCUCCUUCUCAUCAUCUUCCAAUCGCUUCCAUCUCCUUCUCUAGAAGAUCUUUGGUUACAUAGAGACGCUUCCCUCUUGGUAUCUUUUGAACUCUUCUUCUCUCUGUCCAUGAACGUGUAGCUUCAACUUUAGCAUACUUUGACUUGCGUUCAAACUACACAGUUCUUCAACCCCUCCAAUGAACAUUCAGACAUUCUUUAAGAAUCUUAAUGCAUGGAUACAUUCUCCCCAUUGAUCAGCUGAAGGACAAAUGCUUUCAAAAACGACCUCUAUGAGUUGGGUUUUGCAUUCAAAUGGUCAUUUCUUUGACUUCAUCAGCAGUUUUGCUACAUGGGCUGUAGGUUUUGAAAUUGGCUUUUAGUAUUUUCCAAUGGUGGAGCUUCAACCCUGUGCUAGCUUGGUCAAUGCUUCUUCAUUGUGUGCUAUAGAGCAAGAAGUGAAAGGGGAGGGUGUCAAUGUUAUUGCUGAAAUUACUGCUGAGUUAGAAAGGGAAAGACGGAAGAAUGCUGAGCUCUUGGAGAGAAUAUCAAUUCUUGAAGCUCAAAUACAGGAAAGGAAUAAGGAAUCUCUUCCUACAAAUGGACAAGGAAAUUGUCCCAAUGCAAUUGAAAGAAGCUUCAAGAAGUCAAAAAGACAGAAAAUAGAAAUAGCUAGUGCUGGAAUUGAGAAUGGAAAUAUUAGUAAAACUGAAAUGGCAUCACAGAAGACGCAUGACCCCCAGUGUUUGCCCCCCAAAGAUCCAAGUCCAGGAGACAGUUUGGUCAAUUGGAUGAGCAUGGAUGAGACCCAGUUUUUGCAUUUUGAAAAAUUUAAAGAUGGUGAUUCAGCUGCAGAUUUUGAUGAUACAGAUGACAGUGACGACGAAGAUGAUGAUUAUCAUGAAGAGGAUGAUAUUAACAGCGACCAUAAAGUUGGGGACAUUGAUGAGAAUUCAAGAAUUGCUAAUGAGGUAAAGGAGUAUCUUCAUGAUGGUGUUGAUGAGAGAUCACAUAUACCAUGCUUGGAGAACUCCUCUGGUGGUCAGAGUGAGCCUACGUAUACAAUUGCGAACCAUGAAACAAAUAAGUAUCAAAAGGAAAAUCACAUGGUACCUGAUAAACAGCCAGUUUAUGAUGACAGGGAACUCAAAAGAGCUGACAGGAUCGAAACCAAAAAGACUGGAGGACAUAAAGCACCAUCUGAGAUCCUUACUUCUGAUAAAGAGGUUUGUCAUGCAGGACCUGGAAGCCUAUCAUUGCACAAAAAACCUCCAAAGGUGGCUUUCUGUCCAAAAGAAUUGAAGAGAAUAAUUGAGUCGGAUAUCCUGUUACAGAAAAAUGCCCAGUCUCACACCAUAAGAAAAAUUAUAGUUUUUUCAUCUCUUGGUAUAAGGCAUGGCUGUGAAGAUAUGUAUGAGUUAGACUUCAAUCAUUUUAGCAUUUUAAGGAAGGGAGAACCAUAUGUAUCUCCAAAGAAUCCUGGGGAGCAUGUUUUAUAUGAGAAUCCUGGUGUCCGGAUGAAGGUCUUUUAUCCCAAUCGACAGAAUCCAACAUUAUGUCCAGUUCAGAUACUUGAGGAAGAGAAGGCUAUGCGACCAUCUGAUGCUAGUUGCCCAUCAUGCUUAUUUCUGUGUAUCAAGUAUGGAGGAAGAACGAGAAAUCUUCCACAAAACGAAUAUGUUAGGCAGCGCAUGGGAAGAAACAAGCUUAAGUCUUUUGGGCCAUUGAUGUGUAGAAAAGCAAUGCUUGUUCAUAUUCGAAGUGGGAGCUUCUUCUUCAAGGCCUUAGGCAUCACACUUCUGUUCAUGGCUGGUUUUCCUGAUGACCUGGUUCAAAGGGAAACAAAAUACCGGAACUUGGACUUGCUUCAAAAAUAUUACAGGACAGAUGAAGAUGCUGAAGGGGAGGAGUUAUUUGUUCCACAUCCGGCACCUUGCAAUACUCAGGCUAGCCGUGGUUCUCAGCAGUCAAGUGGGAAAACAUCUUCUGCUAAAGCAAGGGGGAGGAAAAAAACCAGUUCAAAUCUUAAGCCUAAUAAUUUGCAAAGACCCUCAGUCCAACAGUCUACACCUUCAAGCUCUGUACAUCCCAUGCCAUGUCAGACCUCAGCAGAUAACCUUGAAAUUUCAAAUCCAGUGAUGCCCAGCAAUGUCUCCUAUCAUAAUCAGACCCCAUACCAUGUGUUCCCACAACAGCAAGCAAAUGGUUUCCUACCUAUAAUGUAUUGGCCUCCUCCAAACCCAUUUCCUCCUGGACGUUACCCAUCUACAUAUGGCUUCCCAUCUUUUCCAUCUACUGCAAAUUACAUCUCCAUUCAUCAACAGCCUUAUUACAGCCACCCCUCCAGCAGUCCUUUCACACCCAACAAGGUAGCAGGCACACAGAAGAACAAUGCGGCCUUGGUGGAAGCUGAUAGUGACUCUGACAGCAGUUCAAGCAGUAUAGAUCCAAAAGAACAUUAGCAAGCUGCAAGUAGUGAACCAUCUAUCAUACAUGAAUUCCAUGUAAAUUUUCAUCAUUGGGAAUAGUUUUAGUGGAAGAGUGAAACUUCUAAGAUGGCUUAAGAAAAGAGCUUCAUGGUUUACAAUGCAAUAACUAUUGAAUCAUUGUCGACGCUGAA